AGCUCCCGAAAGCGCUCAAGGUCCUGUGGACAGCUCACCCGGCUGCGAUGGCUGUAGGCCCUCAGAACUCUGUGCUCCUGGCCUUCACCCUGCUCUGCCUGCCCUGGCCUCAGGAGGUGGGCGCCUUCCCGGCCAUGCCCUUGUCCAGCCUGUUUGCCAACGCCGUGCUCCGGGCCCAGCACCUGCACCAGCUGGCCGCCGACACCUACAAAGAGUUUGAGCGUGCGUACAUCCCCGAGGGCCAGAGGUAUUCCAUCCAGAAUGCGCAGGCCGCCUUCUGCUUCUCGGAGACCAUCCCGGCCCCCACGGGCAAGGACGAGGCCCAGCAGAGAUCCGACGUGGAGCUGCUCCGCUUCUCGCUGCUGCUCAUCCAGUCGUGGCUCGGGCCCGUGCAGUUCCUCAGCAGGGUCUUCACCAACAGCCUGGUGUUUGGCACCUCGGACCGAGUCUACGAGAAGCUGAAGGACCUGGAGGAAGGCAUCCAAGCGCUGAUGCGGGAGCUGGAAGACGGCAGCCCCCGGGCCGGGCAGAUCCUGAAGCAAACGUACGACAAGUUUGACACAAACCUGCGCAGUGACGACGCGCUGCUCAAGAACUAUGGGCUGCUCUCCUGCUUCAAGAAGGACCUGCACAAGGCCGAGACGUACCUGCGGGUCAUGAAGUGCCGCCGCUUCGUGGAAAGCAGCUGUGCCUUUUAGUGGCCGGGCCUCCCUUUCACCCCCUCCCCUGAGCCUCCCCUCACCCUGGAAAGGGCCACUCCCGUGUCCACUGUGCUUUCCUAAUAAAAUGAAGUUGCAUCA